AUGCAUGUAAAGGGCAAUCCGAGUAACAGACCCUCGCAAGCUUUGCUCGCCACAGAUUCCAUACACAGCCUCCGUUGCCAUCGGGCUCUCCCUAUGCAUUCAUCCUUUCUUUGUCCACAUAUCCUAGCCUUCCUUGGGUGGUGCCUGGUUGCGGCUUUCCAUGCUCAUCCUAUUGGCUCGCCCGCACACCCUCUUCUGAGUGUAUCCGUUUUUCUUAGCAUUAGGGCAACACUGUACCACACAUCUAUGCUCCUCGUCUGCAAAGGAUGCGGAAACAUACUGCACCGUAUCUGGGGCUUGCAUCCUAGCUGAUAUCCAGAUGAUGUAAAACGUCUUCUGGUAAGACAUUUGGUGCCCGAUGAACGAGGACGGCUCGGACUGAUGGUCCUUUACCCCGAGAUUUCUUGCUAGGGAGUUGGGCUGUGCAUCCUUCAGCAGCCGGUGCGUCACU